AUGUCUUCACCGCCGCCAAGCCCGUCUCUUCUGCUGCCGGUCACCUCGUCGCCUCUAGCGACUACCACGACCGUCGCGUCGCUCCUGCCCACGCCGGGAUCCUCCGUCGCGCCCGUCCCCGCCGUCCUCACCCCGCAGGAGGUGUCCGGGGUGCUGUUGCGGGACCUAACGCAGGCGGUCCAGGAGAUCCACAUGUUCUUGGCCGGGUCCUACGGGUCGCACACGGCUGCGCCGUCCAUCGCCACCACCGCGCCGCCGUGGCUGCCAUGGCAGCCACCGCCCCAGGCGGCCUUCGCCAUGCUCGCCGAGCCGCUGCAGCUGUCAUCCAUCACCACCACCGCCCAGCCCUGGCUGCAGUGGCCACCGUCGGUCAGCUCCGCCGCCCAGUAUGGGACCCCCUACGAUGGGACUGCGACGACCUCGUUCCCAUCAGCGUCGCCACCAUCCCAGGGCGUCCACAUCCAGCAGAUCAAGUCCCCGCCGUUGCCGAUUAGGUUCAACUCGGAUGAAACAGAGGCAUUUACCCCAUCCAGGGGGCUCAGGCAAGGGGACCCGUUAUCUCCUUACCUAUUCUUGAUAUGUGCUAAAGGGUUAUCCAGUCUACUAGCGCAUGAAGAGGCGGUCGGUGGUAUCCAAGGAAUUAGGGUGUGCCGUAGUGCACCAUCAGUUUCACACUUGUUAUUUGCUAAUGAUUCCCUGAUCCUGAUGAUGGCGGAUAUGUUGAAUGACACGUCACUCAAGAAUGCGCUGGACUUGUACUGUUCUAGCUCGGGUCAACUGGUAAGUGAUGCAAAAUCCAGUGUCUUUUUCAGUCCAAACACUUUGGUGGAGGUACGAGUAGAGGUUUGCACACAGCUUAAUAUAGUUUCAGAGGCUAUUUCUGAUAAGUAUUUGGGACUACCGUCAAAGGUUGGAAUCGACCGUAGUGACAGUUUUCAGUACCUGGUUGAUAGAGUAUGUGCGCUUAUUAACAGUUGGAUGUCAAAGAUUCUCUCGAUCAGUGGAAAGGAGAUGUUACUGAAAGCAGUGGCGCAGGCGAUCCCAGUCUAUGCCAUUAUCAUGGCAGGUAUGAAAACCUUCAAGGAAGGGGCGAUCUGGCGGGUCGGGGAUGGUGCAUCCACUGACAUUUGGAAGGAUCAGUGGAUUCCCACAAGCCAUGAUCGGAGGAAAGUACAAGAACUGAUUGAUCCAAUAUCCGGAAGUUGGGAUGAACAAUUCUUAAGGGAAAUUUUUUGGCCAGUGGAUGCUGAAAGAAUAUUGCAGAUACCACUAUCAUCUCAUGGCCAAUCUAAUUUUAUUUCAUGGCAUUUUUCAAAGUCCGGAUGUUUCACGGUCCGGUCUGCUUAUCACAUCACUUGGAAAUCUGAGUACAGAACAUGGGCUCGGAUGAAUGUUGGAGCAGGAAGAGUGGAUCCGCAUCCGGUUUGGAAAGUCCUUUGGGACAGGACAGUGCCCCCUAAGGUAAAUGUGUUUAACUGGAGAGUGCUACAUGGGACUAUACCAUGCUAUUGUACGCUAUCAGAUCGGCACCUAUCUACUCCGGUGAUUUGUCCAGUAUGCGGCAAUGAGCCAGAGGAUCUGCGACAUAUGUUGUUUGCGUGCGAGAGAGCCAAGGCCGUGUGGAAGGAGCUGGGGCUGGAAACAUCGAUCGCGAAUGCAGCAGCCCAUGAGCGGUCGGGGUCGUAUGCCAUGGAUGUUCCCUCUAUGGAAGCGUUAGCACUUUUGCAAGGACUGCGAUUGGCAGAGCAUUUGGGUAUUUAUGCACUGGUUGUGGAGUCCGACUCACAGGAGAUAGUACAAGCUAUGAAGGAUCCUUCGGAGUACCGUGCUUUGGCUGCGGUGGUGACAGAUGAUUGCCGACAGGUGUUGAGUUCUUUCGGCAGGGCGACGAUUGUCCACUGUGCUAGGGAGAGUAAUGGGGUAGCGCAUUGGCUAGCCAGGACUAGUUAUAGAAGGCAGUUAAAUGAGGUCUGGCAAGAGCAUCCCCCUGAUUUCUUAAUUCCCUCCCUUGUAUCUGAUAUGAUUAUUGUGUAA